AUGAGGUGGAGUUUGCGCCGUCGUGUGGUCCUGGGUUUCCUUUGCUUUGGUUUUUGUCUUUUUGUCGUCUCAUUCAAUGUGAGAGGGCGUCUUCCACGCAAUACUUAUCACCGUAAGGUUGAGAAAAGGGUAGACCAGCUCGAGGCGACGACGAUACCUAUAGAAGACAUAAUGGCAAUGAUGGGAAAUGGACAGAGUGAAAAUGACCAGCAGAGCGGAUUGGAUGAUGACGUAAUUCCCGAAGAAUGGCGCGAGGAAAUACGAAGGAGAAAGAAACUUGUGUCCGAGGCAUGCGAGAAGUAUAAAUCUGUAAAAAUACCUUUGACAAAAGAGUGGAUUAAAGAAAACGGCGACCAUCUCAUCGUAGAAGACCAGUAUAAAAUCAUAUAUUGCCGCGUACCUAAAUCUGGGAACACAAGUUGGAAGCGCUUAUUGCUAGCACUGUCUGGCAUUAUAAACGAUACUUCUGUAGCUCAUGGCAAAAACGGAUUUAAUCCACGUGAUUCGGUUGAAAAAUAUUUGCAUACGUUGGAUAUGCUGUCGUUUUCGGAAGCAAAACAAAAACUUGAGACCCACUUGAAAGUUAUGUAUCUUAGGCACCCCUUAGAACGAUUACUUUCUGCAUAUCGUAAUAAGUUGGAAAGAAAUCCUUUAAUGCAUGCCGAUGUCUCUUCGCAAGUGGUUCCCUAUGUUAUGAAACACUAUCGCGGUGUAGAACCCAUUCUUCCUGUCAGUGUGAGCCAACGCCGUGGACGGAUAUCUGGUGUCUUUCCAUCUGGAAAAGAGUUCAGUUUUCCAAAAGACGAACCACCAAGUUGGGUACCAAAAAUAACAUUUGAAGAAUUCCUUCGUUAUGUUGGUGACAAUCAAAACUUUCUUAAUGGUCAUUGGGCGCCUCCAAACGAUUUAUGUCACCCAUGCGUCAUUCAAUAUGACGUCAUAGGGUAUUUUGGGACAAUAAGCGAGGAUGCUAACAAUAUCUUGAAACUAGUGCAUGCAUACCCAGCAUUCAAAUUUCCAAAUAUGUUCCUUAAUCCAGAAACAACGUCUAAUUUGGUGAAUAGAUAUUAUUCAACAGUAUCAAAAUCGACGUUGCAGAAAAUUCGUCCAAUUUACGCACUUGAUGCAGCAAUGUCAGCAGCUAAUUUACGUAUUUAGUUAAAGAUGAAUAAGACGUUUUUUGCCACAAAAGCCAACCAAAUGCCACUACAUCCAAAUAGUGUAAUUGGGAGGAUUUUUUUGCUUGCUUUCUGCGCUGUAUAUAAAUGGGGCAGAUAAAUAGGCUAGAUAAGUAGGUCAAAUUUACGAAAAAUUUAUUGAAGAUGCAGUUAAUAGGUCUUUUGUGGCUAGUCGUUUCAUUACCUUUGUAGAUCAUAGUCGCUUGCCGCGCCCUUUUUCACUCCCUCUUUUGUAUCUGACCUUUAAACUGAGUUUGCGUUCUGUUAGCACUUUAUUGAAAUUAGAUUAGCAACCAUCCAGGGACAAAGGGCCAAACAUAGGUAGAACUUCAGAGCUAUGCCUGCACUAACGACUGCUAUGCCCAUAUUGAUGGCGAUGACAAUUUUCCGGUAAUUUGGCGUCCUUAAUAAGGUGGGAGCAACAAAGUGGCGGGACUUAUGAGGCUUCGGGAGUUGGGUACGACUUUGGCCUCAAUAUCGGCAUUAUUAAUGGAUAAAUACAUGUAAAUACGGAAUUCAACUGGAAAUAAUUGUCCAGAUAAAGGCUCAAAUUUCCAGUACUGUCUCUUAUUCCUUUGAUUUCAUGCAAAAGGUAGACUAAAACUAAUGGUGGUUAAGUUAAUUAUUUGAUAGAUCAUUUAUAUUUUUAACACCUGUUACUCAAAACAUAUAAUUAAAUCCAUAGAUUUUGUUCCUAGCAUCAUAUUUUCUUAAAUGCACAGUAGCUGUAUCAUUGCAGAUCGAAAAUGUUUAAUCCAUUCGCUGUUAUAUUUAGAAAAAAUAAUCAUUGACCAUUACCAUCUCAUAUUGGUCUUCACUCUUGGGUCUAGAACGUCAACAUUUGCUCAUCGUGUUUGUUGAGGUUCAUUGUUAUCCUCUCACAUAACGGAUUGAU